GCCCUCUGUACAUCAAUAACUUUUUCUUCUCUUCUCUCGACCCUUGUGCAGAGAAGAAAUCCGCCUCUCUCCAGUGGGUUUUCUACUCCACACAAGCUGAUUUUCCCGCGCUGGUGUGUGGACAAUCUUGAAAGGUCCAGAGAGUUCAAUCGAUCGGAAGUAAGCCAUGGCAUCUACUUCAAAUCCAGUUCAUGAGAAGGACAAGGGAAAAGCACCAAGAUCGCACUUUCAACCAACAGUGUGUUUGGCGGAUUGGUGGUUGGUUAAGGUUGAACAUGACUUCCAAGGGUCGCGGCUCGGAGUUGCGGGGUUUACUUCUCGAGAGAAACAAGCCAUGCGAGCCUUUUCAUCUGCGCCGAUCCUUAAGAGAUAUGGUUUCUCUACUCUUGAGACCACUGAUGGAAUAUGUGUUAUCCUCGAUAGCCUCAUAAACAAAGUCCGCACUCUAGAAAAUGGGUUUUCAUCUGAUGUAUGCAACCAUUUCAAUUGCGGGUUUCCAAUAUACUGGAAGGAGUAUGAUGAAAUCUUCUUGCGUGAAGAAUCUCCCUCUAGUGGAGUUAAACUUCUUAAGAAGAGCAAGAAAGCUAAAUUUUUACCUGAUCCAUUGCCCCAAAAAUCUGACAGUGAAAUUAGUGGCUCUGUAGAGAAUAUAAAUAUGACCUGCAUUGCCUCUAGGCUUCUUCAAAAGAAAUCUUAUUCUGCUGGACGCAUUGUCGAAGAGCACAUAGCCAGUGACAUACCUCUGACCUGUGUGAAAAAUGCCAUGCAGUCAGUAACAGACUCAUUUUCUGGACGAGAUGUCAAAAUUUCAGCUGUUAAUGAUAAGAAUGAUGAUUUCCAAAGUCCUGAUAACGGAGGAAUCCUAUCUGCAUGUCAUUUGUACAAUAGGAGCAGGAGCAAACCAACGGCCAAUAAUUUGAGGAAUGUGAAGGUGCACAGUAAAGACUCCACAAAUGCCAAUCCCGGCAAAAGUCUGAGCUUGUCAGAGGAAAUUCUAACUCACACUGAGGGUAGAGUAACGACACGUUCAAUGAGCAAUUUGAAAAUGAAAGAGAAGAACUAUAAAGCAUCAGCUAGAAUAUCAGGAGUUGAGAAGAUCAGUUUAAAUUCUGUUUCAUCCACGGGUUCCGGAAAAGUAGAUCUAGCGCCUGGAUAUUGUGAACCAGGAGGCAGAAGUAACAUUUAUUCUGAGGUCAGUGGACUCCAUGGACAUAAAGAUCAAGCAAAAUUGGGUAAGUUGGAUGCUGGUUCUAUAAAAGAUGUGCUGGAGCAAAUCUCUGAGACUUCAAGCCAAGAUAAGGACCUGAGAAAGAUUAAAACUAAUGGCAAGUCACAGAAGGCAAAAAAUAAAGCAACAACAUCACCUAGUAUGCUUGCUGCAGCAGAUAACAAGAAGGAAAAUGUAAUUGCUGAAAAUAAGCGUUUAGCUGAGAUGAAUAACUCGUCGGGUAUGAAGACCAGAAGAAAAUUGAGAACUCCUGAUAAGGAAAAGGAGAAAGUUCCCAGUGCCUCUCCUCAAUCUUUGAGUUGUAACAGAUCUAGAUCAGGAAGAUUGCUGAUGCCUACCUUGGCAUUUUGGUGCAAUCAAAGGGCAAUCUAUGAUGCGGAUCGAACGAUUACUGGAAUUGUGGAUGGCAUAAACAUGGAGCAGCCAAGAAAAGGAAGUAGAUCUACACCCCGAAAGAGAAGGCAACUGAUGUGAAGAGUUUACAAGGACUUGCGGCUAAGUAGCAGUCACACGGUAUGCAGUGCAUGAACAGAUGCUUAUCAGCUGUAAAAGGAACUCAGGAUUGCCAUUCCCUUGGUGUUUGGAAGUUAGAAUAUUUCUUGAUGGCAGAAAUUUUUUGAGUAAAACCUGAUACAUCUUGGAAAAGAAUAGUUAGUCAUCUGUUUUUGGAAUUUGGCAUUUUGACGUUUCCGGCAAUCUGCUCCAAUGGGAAUGCUUUGUGGAUCCAUCCGUAGGUUCUUAUUGAAUCUUGAUACUUUUGAUUACCUAGAAAGCAUGACAUGUGUGACAUGCAUCGUAUUUAAAGUUAAAUGUUGUGUUCCUAAUUUUAUUAUGUACUAGGAUGCAUGACCAACAAUGCACUUGUACAAAUAUAUUUUUAA